CAAACAAUGAUUCAAUAAACCAAUCCAGGAGAAUUCUAUUAGUUACUAGUUAGUACAAAGUUUUGGUGAAAGUCCUAACUUUAAAAAUGGUCUCUUGGAUAUAUAUCCCUCUCUUAUCUCAAUUGUGAACCAAUUCUAUAUCAGAGAGAAAUUAAUAGCAGUAAUCUCAAAUUCUUAUUUACACAAAUUACACACAAUGACCACAAACACAAUUGUUACUCAGCAACCUCAACAUUCAAGACUCGAGAAAUACAAAAGAUGGUUGCGAGUGUCCCUUUAUACAAUCCUUCUUCUUGCAGGCCAAUGUUCAGGCACUCUCUUGGUAAGGUUUUACUUUGUCAAAGGUGGUAAAAGCAUAUGGAUUCAAACAUCUGUUCAGUCAGCUGGAUUCCCUAUACUAAUUCCACUCCUAUUUCACUCUAAAAAACAUGACAAAACAAAUGUGCCCAAUAAUGAUACCUCCAAAACCAAACCAAAACUUCCCAUCACAUUUUUCUUGUACCUAGUUUUCGGCUUAAUGAUAGCAGCUAUGGACCUUACGUAUGCAUGUGCACUUUUAUAUCUUCCUCUUUCCACUUUUGCACUAGUAUGUGCAUCCCAAUUAAUCUUCAAUGCAGUGCUCACUUUCUUCAUCAAUUCCCAAAAGUUCACUGCAUUGAUCUUAAACUCUAUAAUCGUCCUUACCAUAUCAGUUACCCUGAUUGCACUCAAUACUGAAUCUGAGGAAACAAAGAACCUUUCCAAACAGAAGCAAAUAAUUGGGUUCUUCUGUGCCCUAGGUGCAUCUGCCAUAUUUGCAUUGCAUCACUCUCUUAUGCAAUUUUAUUUUGAGAAAAUUAUAAAGACUGAAACUUUUUCUACUGUAUUAAGCAUGAUUUUUUACCCAAUGAUCGUGGGUACAAUUGGUGGCCUUGUGGGAUUGCUUGUAAGUGGAGAUUGGAGAACUAUGGGAAUGGAGAUGAAGGAAUUCGAAAACGGUAGUGUGUCAUAUGUAAUGACUCUGGUUUGUACUUCUGUGACAUGGCAGAUAGGUUGUGUUGGUAUGUUGGGGUUGAUUUUUGAGGUAUCUUCAUUAUUCUCAGUUGUAAUAAGUAAUCUGGAAUUGACCAUAGCUCCUAUCCUUGCUGUUAUGGUCUUUCAUGACAAGAUUUAUGGGGUUAAGGUUAUAGCCUUCUUGUUAGCUAUGUGGGGAUUUCUGUCUUAUAUUUAUCAACAUUAUCUAGAUGAUCAAAAGGCCAAGGAAGAUAAAAGUGAUUGCCUUGAGAUUUUAAAAGGAAAUGGAGAAAUUUGAAGAUGGAAUUUAUAAUAAUGGACCUCUAAUUUAGAUAUUGAGCUUAUAGUAGAGUUUAGGGUCUUUGGUCAUGUUGCUGUUGAAGCGUAUGCAAUGUAUAUUAGUUGCUAGAAUUGGUAUCCCAAGCAUAACUUGGUUUUUGUUUAUGUUGCAGAGGUGAAGUUUAUAUUUACAGAAUAAAGGCCUCUGUAAUUCUAUUUUU